AAGAAGAUCAAGCUGGCUAAGCUGCACGGCGCAUCCGUACCGUGUGGAAAGGGUCAUCGGGUCAGCUCAGCUGUUGGAUCCAUCGGUUGCGGUUGCGCCGAUCGAUCGAUCAGUUUGCAGCAGCCAGCCUCGGAUCGUCGUCUCUCCACCUCUCGCGUUAGCUACUAUAUAUCAGGGCUUCUCCUCGCUGCAAGGGCUACCACACCAUACAUCCCGCGCCUUCUUCCUCCUCAGCUUUGCCGAGACCUCGUUGCCUCAAGCCGUGUUGCGUGCUGCAUGCUCUGAAUUGAAGAACUCUCUUGAGCCUGACCAGGUAUAUCAGAAGUGGAGAAGAAGAUUGGAAGCAUGAGGGAAAUGGGAGAGAAGAGGAGGCGUGGACACCUUAACCCUGCUGGUUUUGCAGGAGGGUUGCAUGAUCAUGAGGAGAAGAAGAACGAGGAGCAUAAGCUAGACAUGAGUGGCAUGUCCAUGGAUGCCCUCCCACACCUCACCAUGUCUCUUGGUCAAGUCACCAUCUUGGAUCUCUCUAACAACAAUCUUGAGAGCAUCCCGGAGUCAAUAAUCGCUCGGCUGCUGAACGUGGUGGUGCUGGACGUGCGGUCCAACCAGCUGAAAUCGCUGCCCAACUCCAUCGGCUGCCUCUCCAAGCUCAAGGUCCUCAACGUCUCCGGCAACCUGCUCGAGUCCCUCCCCAACACCAUCGAGGAGUGCCGUGCGCUGGAGGAGCUGCACGCCAACUUCAACGAGCUGACGAAGCUGCCGGACACGCUGGGGUUCGAGCUGCACAGCCUCCGGAAGCUGUCGGUGAACUCCAACAAGCUGGCGCAGCUCCCCUCCUCGACGUCGCACAUGACGGCGCUCAGGGCGCUGGACGCCCGGCUCAACUGCCUCCGCGCGCUCCCCGACGGGCUCGAGAACCUCGCCAACCUCGAGGCGCUCAACGUCAGCCAGAACUUCCAGUUCCUCCGGGAGCUCCCCUACGCCGUCGGCCUCCUCGCCUCGCUCCGGGAGCUCGACGUCAGCUACAACUCCAUCGCCGCGCUCCCGGACUCCAUGGGCUGCCUCACCAAGCUCGCCAGGUUCAGCGCCGUCGGCAACCCGCUGGUGUCCCCGCCCAUGGACGUCGUGGAGCAGGGCCUGGACGCCAUGCGCGCCUACCUCACCGCGAGGAUGAACGGCGGCGACGGCAAGAGGAAGAAGAAGGCGUGGCUGCCCAAGCUGGUCAAGUACAGCACCUUCACGGCGAGGAUGACGCCCGGGCGCACCAGGGUGCACGAGAACACGGAGGGCCUCCUCAUGUCGGACUACCGGUCGCUCAACGGCAUCGCCUCGCCGAGGUUCCUCACCAUGCUCUCGCCGCGCCGCCUCUUCUCGCCGCGGAGGAAUUCGCCCAAGCAUUGUUGAUAUGGCCGAUCCGAUCCGCCUCUGCCUACUCUGUGUACUGGUUGCCUGUUUGCUUCAGGGGUGUACUUCAGAUGAUGUCAUGCUCUCGUACUUAAUUAGGAUAGAUAUGAUGAUGCUGCUGCUGCUAGCUGCUACCGCUGCUGCAAGGUGUGUAUAUGUUCUCAUGAAGAGGUUUGUAGCUUCGCAUACAGUAUAUAGCUCUACAAUUUUUGUUUGACGUAAAAAAUGCUGUAGUACAAUCUAGAGCAUUGAUGUACAUAACAAGGGUAAUUUUCUUCCAUGUCUGUUUGUUAAGCACCACUGAUGCAGUGUUCUGGGUAA